UUGUCUAUGAUUUUUUGUAAACAAUAUUGUUUGAUUGAACAUGUGCAUCUCGUGUUUAUUAUUUAAGUUUAUUUAAAUUAGACAUGUUUUUUACAUUGUAAAAACGGAAAACUCGCAAUGUCCGGAUACUUGGAGAUUAAGUAUCCGUUUAAAUCUAAUUUGGGCUUAAAUCCUUUCAAGUCGUGGAAAAGACAAUGGUGUAUUCUGAGACCGAGUCCGACGUGCUCGGGGGCUUCUCUGGCGGUGUACUGCAGCGAGGCAGGUGCUUCGGCUGGGUCGGUGGAGCUGCCGUCGGGCUGCGUGGUGAAGAGAGCCAAGUCUCGCACGCGGCCACAUGCCUUCGCCGUGUUCUCUGUUGACGAGCCGCGAAAACCGCGCGUUUUGCUUGCAGCUCAAUCUCUUCAUGACACACAAGUUUGGAUGGAAAAAAUCCGGGCUUUGUUAAACGGGAGCAAAAUACUUGACAGCGAGCCAUUGCUCAAAGACUCGUACUCUGUCAGCGUGAUAGCCACCGAGCUGUCUCGGAAGUGCGGCCUGAGUGCCGACACCGUGGUGACGCUGUCCCCGGGCGGCGUGAUCGUGGCACGGGCGCACCUCGCAGCCUUCAUAGACUGGAAGCACAUCUCCGACGUGAGGCUCGAAGACGAAGAUGCAAACAGAAUAUGUGUGCUUGUUGUUGAUAGGUCGUUCGACAAGGGCGGCGGGCUGCUGAAGCUGUCGUCGCCGGUGUCGGGCGCGCUGGCGCGGGCGGCGCGGGCGCAGUGCGGCGCGGGGCUGCGCGCGCGGCGCCAGCUCAGCAAGAGCGACGGCGACCUGCGCGCGCAGCCACGUGCCGACACUCAUAUAGGCGAUGUUCGCCGCAGCAGUUGGUACAGCGGACCUUCAGAAGUGUCAUUAGACGAUAUUGAUCUCGUCAUGUCUAAGGAAUCAAAGCACAUUCCCACGGGUCAGUUGUCCCGGUACAGCGGCGCGGGACAGCUGGCGUCCACGGCUGUGCUUGCGCAACCAUUCAUCACGCACUCCGUCACGUCGUUUGAUGACAGCGUGUCAGACCGUCGGUCGCUGCUGUCGGUCGCAUCGGGCAUCUAUGAAGAGAUCCCCGACCUACCCGAAUGCACCAACACAAACACCUUGUGUAGCAUCACGUGCGAUGUGCCUGAUGGAGUCUUUAAGGCGCUGGGCGCUGGGCUGCGCGAGGAGCCGACGUACGAGUGCGUGGGCGAGUGCGUGUACGCCACCAUGCGCCGCCGCCGCCCGCCGCCGCUGCCGCCGCGACAUCCCGCACCUAUAAAGGCCGGCUCGUGGUCCCGCGAGAGCAGCGUGACGCGCCACUCGUCGCUGGGCGCGCUGCCCACGGCCCGCUGCGCCAGCACGCUGCCGCCGCAUGCCGCCACCAACACGCUGCCCAAGCGGCAACCCUUCAGUGUGUUCAGAAAACGUCUCAAAAGCGACUCACGCGUCGCCGGCUCCCAGAAAUCAGAAACAUCAAAAGAAAACAAAGACGUGGAAACUAAAAAGAAAAAGUUCGACUUCACGCCCACGCGGGACAUAUUCAAGAGCUUCAAGGUCAGUCGCAAGAUGAAAAACCUCAAAAUCACUUCCGGAAACCUCUCUAAAGGCGAGACGAAAAGCUGCGAGUUUUUAGACGACACCGAACACGUUCAAACCAACCGCUGCUCGAAGUCCGUCGAAUGUCUCGAGAAUGACUUCGACUUCGAAGCGGACCUUUCUAUAGAAUUCACGGAAGACAGCGUCGCGGCUCUCUCUAUCCCACAGCAAAUCGUAGAUCUCAUAUUAGGACACGAGCAGAUUAGCAAAGUUCGUCUAAAAGAUGAAGUGGAGAGUGAUUACAUGCCGAUGUCGCCGAUCAUCCCGCCGCCGCCGCUCGAACACCACUACAUCGUCAUGUCGCCGCGGACCAACAUCGCAUGAACUGAACCUAGUCGCUAACGUAAGUUACUCUAAGCUCAUUCACACGACUGCACUCAUAUAUUCUAUGUACGUAGGAUAUGUUUUGUACUGUGUACGCUAAUGGUUUGACCAAAGACCAUUCUCAAAGAGAUUUGUUGGAUUUCAGUCUGGUUGUUACAUUUUUGUAUGCAUCUCGUCUACUUAACAAUUGUAACAAUCUUCUAUUCUCAAUUCUGUAGACGUCUUCGUGUACAAAAUUGUGAUAAUGUCAAAAAGACUAGGUAUGUCCAUCUUUGCUGGAUAUCGAUAUCGCUUGUGCAAUGUCGAUAAAACCUACUUAACUAUAUUUAUUGAAUUGGUUUGAAAAUUGUAUUAUCGACAUUGUUUGUGCGGUCUCUGUUUUUUAUUAUACGUAUGUAUUUUAAAACUUGAAAAUACUAAAAAAAUCACAAUACUAUCAAAUAAACUUUGCCAGUAAAAGGCACGUCAGUUAAUUAAUUUUUCUAAGUGUAGUGAUGAUCGAUAGAUUUAUCGAUGAUUGUUAAAAAUACAUUUUAUCGGACUGAUUCGUGCGACAUAUCGAGUCACUUAGCAUUUUGCAGUCAGCCUUUAAGAACUAAGGUAGCUGUGUUUAUAUAGACUGUUCUUUGAUCUGAAUAUCAUAGGUAGUUUAAAAAGUUACAUGAAAAGACUUAAAAGGCAUCUGGCAAAUAUGUCAGGGGCGUUGUUAGUUCUCAAACAUAACUUGACGAAUUGUGACAGUCGUCACAUGCAGAAUAGAACAGCAAAAUUAAAACAAAAUAACGGCCUUAAAAACUCAAUAAUCACAGUACAAUAAUAAAAGCUCUCUAUAAAAAUCGAAACCGAAAAAGUUAACAUAUUUUGAAAAAUGUAUUUUAUUUGGAAUACCUAUUUAUUUUUCGAACGCAAAGGUGAACUAUUUACAGUAUUUAUUUGCACAGAGCAAGAAACUUUUACAUCGACUUAUUUUACUAACUUAUGAACUGUUAAAACUGAAACAAAUUACAACAAUAUUUUUGAAAAUACAAGUAAAUGUAUUAAGCCUUUUCGUUCUAAAAGCGUAUUAUAAAUUGUAUCAAAGGACCAGAAACAUUUUUUCGUUUCUAAAAAUAAAAGUGACGUUAACAACUUUGUUAAAAUAUCCAUAUAUUGAAUAGCUUACCUCAAAAGAUCUUCCGAAACGUUGGCCUGAAUAAAUACGUAACAGAUAUGUAACUAUUUUUGAUAGCAACAGGUAAACAGCCUAGUUUUGUUGGGAAAAUGUUUAUGUAUUUAAUAUUAACUUUGUAACUCAAUCAUUAAAUUAUUAUCGUCUUAAAUUAAUUGCACUUUACCCAGCAAAAUUAUCUUAAAGCAAGCAUAGAGCCACCACCCAAUUAAUGUAUUUGACGCUAACUGUAUUUAAAACCAGUAUUGACUUGGACAAAAUAUCAAAUUAGUAGGUACUAAACAUCAUUUUUAGCGCUAAAUAUUAUUGAUUGUGGGGUGGUCAAAACCAACCUUAGUGCAUUUCACUUAGUCUUUUUAAAGCACAUCUAGUACUUCAAUAUCACGUUCGUUACUUUGCUGUUGCGCAUAUAGAAGAAUGCAUAGCAAAGAUAAAUUCGAUAAUACUUCAAAGGAAAGAUGAGCUCUAGAACAAGAAAGAUUUAGUAAAGAUAAAGACAAUGUAGGUGUAAAGUAUUGUAGUAAUUUGCAGUUCGCCAUAGCGAAUGUAAAAUAGUCGUAAGCUGGAUUGUUUGUAAAUGUUGGUUCGUUGACUACUGCCAAAAAUUUAGGUUAAGAUGAGCGGCUUGAGAAGUUCCCUUUAAGAGAUAUUGUAGUUAAUCAUUCAAAAGUACCCAAGUACUGUUCAGGGAUAAAAGUAGCGUUUUGUGUUGGCACUAGGAAAUUGUAAGAGCCCAUAUGACACAAUUUCCUCUAUGCCACAGUAGGUGUAAGUGAAUCGUUGGUUGUGCAUUUGAAAACAAGGCAGCUAGACUACAGUAAUUUCCAGAAAAAAAAAACUAUACUAAAUAUGCUACAACUAUCAGAAAUCUUACUUAAAAUAAAGUCUCAAGCCGCGGGAACAAAGGCUAGGUCAAUAAUAUCGUUCGAUAAAGUAAGACUGAGGGACAAGACUAGUGUAUUUUGAGGAAAAUUUACUACGUGAGAUCAGUAUUAUGGGUGAAGAGUAUUGCCAAGCGUGAGGUCAUGAUAUAAUAACGACAGUGUUCUUCGACAGCGGACCGAGUUAUGUACUCAUGCGAAAAACUCGUAGUUUUAAGUCGACUAUUUAAUUUUAUUUAAACUUAUUUUAAUUUCCUACUAGUGUUAAAAUUCGAAAGUGUUUGAUGGUAUGGCUCUCUUUUACAUGAAAGAUAAUGGGAUAGAGCUCUCUGAAUUAUGAAAUUGGCGUGUUGACUGAUCCUGAGAUUAUUGCAAACUAAUUGCACAUCUUACUACUAAGUAAUUUAUUUUUAAAUUAUUUAACUGCCAAAUUCCGUCCUCAGCAUUGAGAAAAACAAACACCAAUUCUCAGUAUUCUUGUCUGAUUUAGUGAUACUGAUAUUAUUUAAUUUUAAUUUAUUUAACCAACGAGAGUUUAAGUCCUACUCAGUCCGUGAGAGUCGUGGAACAAUUGUCUCGCUUUUAUGUGUAUACGGCUUAAUUUGCUAAUGUUGUUGUGAUAUUUAAUGCUAAAUAACUUGUUGAAACGUUUCUAUAAGCUUGAAGGCUUCUGUUGGUUAUAACUAUUUCUAUGGAACGCGUUGCCACCGAAUGUUUGAUGUGCGGCGCCAAUGUUUGUGUGUUUAGUCAAAAAGCCAGUAUUCAGCUGAUCUUAUUACUGUUUAGCUUAAAAUUGUAUAGCUUAUUUCGUUGGCGUCAUCCACAGUUUCGUAGGAUUAGGUUUUUAGGGAAGUUAGGAUGUGAUACGAAGUUUUAUGGAUGUUAUUGGCACGUUUUGAGAAGCUUGAACAAAAUUAGAGUAGAGCAAAUAUUACGUAAAGAGAGCAAAAGACAUUUGGUUCUCAAAACGUUUUUAUAACAUCUGUCAACUUUGUGGUGAAGGCUCAGAUCUCGAUAUUUUCGGGUGACGUGGAAACAAUGCGGAUACUAUAGCGUGUCAAAAGAAAGAUUUUUCCUAUGUUUUGAAGAAAAAAGAGAUUCAAUCAAAG